GGGCCCGUCCUCCAGGCGCGCGGCGCGGGGCGCGGGCGCCGGGGCCUGAGGCGGCGGGCGACGCCCGGGGGCCUGACGGCCGCCCCGCGCCAUGGUGUGAGCGCCGCCGCCCCGCGCACGCUCCGUCCGCCCUCCGCGCGCGGCCCGGGCCGGCCGAGAACCGCGACCAGCCCGCCGCCGCCGCCGCCGCCCCUGGCCUCGCAAGGCGGAGUCCCCGCCGCCCGCUCCCGUGCGAGGAGGCGCCGUCGGCGGCCUGGCCUGUGACGGAAUAAAUAGAGAAACAGAUAUAUUAUUGGUACUAUUUUGUUUGGUGGCAAAAAGGAAAAAAUGGCGAACGACUCCCCUGCAAAAAGUCUGGUGGACAUCGACCUCUCCUCCCUGCGGGAUCCUGCUGGGAUUUUUGAGCUGGUGGAAGUGGUUGGAAAUGGCACCUAUGGACAAGUCUAUAAGGGUCGACAUGUUAAAACAGGUCAGCUGGCGGCCAUCAAAGUUAUGGAUGUCACUGAGGAUGAAGAGGAAGAAAUCAAACUGGAGAUAAAUAUGUUGAAGAAAUACUCUCAUCAUAGAAAUAUUGCAACAUAUUACGGUGCUUUCAUUAAAAAGAGCCCUCCAGGACAUGAUGACCAACUCUGGCUUGUUAUGGAGUUCUGUGGGGCUGGGUCCAUUACAGACCUUGUGAAGAACACCAAAGGGAACACACUCAAGGAAGAUUGGAUAGCUUACAUCUCCAGAGAAAUCCUGAGGGGCCUGGCACAUCUUCACAUCCAUCAUGUAAUUCACCGGGACAUCAAGGGCCAGAAUGUAUUGCUGACUGAGAAUGCAGAGGUGAAACUUGUCGAUUUCGGUGUGAGUGCUCAGCUCGACCGGACGGUUGGGAGGAGAAAUACCUUCAUAGGUACGCCCUACUGGAUGGCUCCUGAGGUCAUCGCCUGCGACGAGAACCCAGAUGCCACCUACGAUUACAGAAGUGACCUUUGGUCUUGUGGCAUUACAGCCAUUGAGAUGGCAGAAGGUGCUCCCCCUCUCUGUGACAUGCAUCCAAUGAGAGCACUGUUUCUCAUUCCCAGAAACCCUCCUCCCAGGCUGAAGUCAAAAAAAUGGUCAAAGAAAUUUUUUAGUUUUAUAGAAGGGUGCCUGGUGAAGAAUUACAUGCAGCGACCCUCCACAGAGCAGCUUUUGAAACAUCCUUUUAUAAGGGAUCAGCCAAAUGAAAGGCAAGUUAGAAUCCAGCUUAAGGACCAUAUAGACCGGACCAGAAAGAAGAGAGGAGAGAAAGAUGAAACCGAAUAUGAGUACAGUGGGAGUGAGGAAGAAGAGGAGGAAGUGCCUGAACAGGAAGGAGAGCCAAGCUCCAUCGUCAACGUGCCUGGUGAGUCGACGCUUCGGCGGGAUUUCUUGAGACUGCAGCAGGAGAACAAGGAACGUUCUGAGGCUCUUCGGAGACAGCAGUUACUGCAGGAGCAACAGCUCCGGGAGCAAGAAGAAUAUAAAAGACAGCUGCUGGCAGAGAGGCAGAAACGGAUUGAGCAACAGAAAGAACAGAGGCGGCGGCUAGAAGAGCAACAAAGGAGAGAGCGGGAAGCUAGAAGGCAGCAGGAACGUGAGCAGCGAAGGAGGGAACAAGAAGAGAAGAGGCGUCUGGAGGAACUGGAAAGAAGACGUAAAGAAGAAGAAGAGAGGAGGCGGGCAGAAGAAGAAAAGAGGAGAGUUGAAAGAGAACAGGAGUAUAUCAGGCGACAGCUAGAAGAGGAGCAGCGGCACUUGGAAAUCCUUCAGCAGCAGCUGCUCCAGGAGCAGGCCAUGUUACUGCAUGACCACAGGAGGCCGCACCCGCAGCAGCCCCAGCUACCGCAGCAGGAAAGGAGCAAGCCAAGCUUUCACGCUCCAGAGCCUAAACCCCACUACGAGCCCGCUGACAGAGCUCGAGAGGUGGAAGAUAGAUUUAGGAAAACUAACCACAGCUCCCCUGAAGCCCAGUCUAAGCAGACAGGCAGAGUAUUGGAACCACCAGUGCCUUCCAGAUCAGAGUCUUUUUCCAAUGGCAACUCCGAGUCUGUGCAUCCUGCCCUGCAGAGACCAGCUGAGCCACAGGUUCCUGUGAGGACAACGUCUCGUUCCCCUGUUCUGUCCCGUCGGGAUUCCCCACUGCAAGGCAGUGGACAGCAAAAUAGCCAAGCAGGUCAAAGAAACUCCACCAGCAGUAUUGAGCCCAGGCUGCUGUGGGAGAGAGUGGAGAAGCUGGUGCCCAGGCCUGGCAGUGGCAGCUCCUCGGGGUCCAGCAACUCAGGAUCCCAGCCUGGGUCCCACCCUGGGUCUCAGAGUGGCUCUGGGGAGCGCUUCAGAGUGAGAUCAUCAUCCAAAUCUGAAGGCUCUCCGUCUCAGCGCCUAGAAAAUGCAGUGAAAAAACCUGAAGAAAAGAAAGAAGUUUUCAGACCUCUCAAGCCUGCUGAUUUGACUGCACUGGCCAAAGAGCUUCGAGCAGUGGAAGAUGUGCGACCACCACACAAAGUGACAGACUACUCCUCAUCCAGUGAGGAGUCAGGGACGACAGAUGAGGAAGACGAUGAUGUAGAACAAGAAGGGGCUGAGGAAGCCACCUCCGGACCAGAGGACACCAGAGCAGCGUCAUCUCUGAAUUUGAGCAAUGGCGAAACAGAGUCGGUGAAAACCAUGAUUGUCCAUGACGAUGUAGAAAGUGAGCCAGCCAUGACCCCAUCCAAGGAGGGCACUCUCAUCGUCCGCCAGAGUACAGUUGACCAAAAGCGCGCCAGCCAUCAUGAGAGCAAUGGCUUUGCCGGUCGCAUUCACCUCUUGCCAGAUCUCUUACAGCAAAGCCAUUCCUCCUCCACUUCCUCCACCUCCUCCUCCCCAUCCUCCAGCCAGCCGACACCCACCAUGUCCCCACAGACACCCCAGGACAAGCUCACUACUAAUGAGACUCAGUCCGCUAGUAGCACACUCCAGAAACACAAAUCUUCCUCCUCCUUUACACCUUUUAUAGACCCCAGAUUACUACAGAUUUCUCCAUCUAGUGGGACAACAGUGACUUCUGUGGUUGGAUUUUCCUGUGAUGGAAUGAGACCAGAAGCCAUAAGGCAAGAUCCUACCCGGAAGGGCUCAGUGGUCAAUGUGAAUCCCACCAACACUAGGCCACAGAGUGACACCCCGGAGAUUCGUAAAUAUAAGAAGAGAUUCAACUCCGAGAUUCUGUGUGCUGCCUUAUGGGGAGUGAAUUUGUUAGUGGGUACAGAGAGUGGCCUGAUGCUGCUGGACAGAAGUGGCCAAGGGAAGGUAUAUCCUCUGAUCAACCGAAGAAGAUUUCAGCAGAUGGAUGUCCUUGAAGGCUUGAACGUCUUGGUGACAAUAUCUGGCAAAAAGGAUAAGUUACGUGUCUACUAUUUGUCCUGGUUAAGAAAUAAAAUACUUCACAAUGAUCCAGAAGUUGAGAAGAAGCAGGGAUGGACAACUGUGGGAGAUUUGGAAGGAUGUGUACACUAUAAAGUUGUAAAAUAUGAAAGAAUCAAAUUUCUGGUAAUUGCUUUGAAGAGUUCUGUGGAGGUCUAUGCGUGGGCACCCAAGCCAUAUCACAAAUUUAUGGCCUUUAAGUCAUUUGGAGAACUGGUACAUAAGCCAUUGCUGGUGGAUCUCACUGUGGAGGAAGGCCAGAGGUUGAAAGUGAUCUAUGGAUCCUGUGCUGGAUUCCAUGCUGUAGAUGUGGAUUCGGGAUCUGUCUAUGACAUUUAUCUACCAACACACAUCCAGUGUAGCAUCAAACCCCAUGCAAUCAUCAUCCUCCCCAACACAGAUGGCAUGGAGCUUCUGGUGUGCUAUGAAGAUGAAGGGGUUUAUGUGAAUACCUAUGGAAGAAUCACCAAGGAUGUGGUUCUGCAGUGGGGAGAGAUGCCGACAUCUGUAGCAUAUAUUCGAUCCAAUCAGACGAUGGGCUGGGGAGAAAAGGCCAUAGAGAUCCGAUCCGUGGAAACUGGUCACUUGGAUGGUGUGUUUAUGCACAAAAGGGCUCAAAGACUAAAAUUCUUAUGUGAACGCAAUGACAAGGUCUUCUUUGCCUCUGUUCGGUCUGGUGGCAGCAGUCAGGUUUACUUCAUGACGUUAGGCAGGACUUCUCUUCUGAGCUGGUAGAAGCAGUGAGAUGAGGCUUGCUGGUCCCCAGAGUCUUCAGGAUCCUGAGAACUUGGAAUUCCUUGCAACUGGAGCUCAGAGCUGCACCGGUGUGGUCCAGGACAGCUGUGUGUGCGGACACCAUGUGUGGGGGUUUUUUGUUUUGUUUUGUUUCGUUUUGUUUCCUUUCUUGCACCUCUUACCAGUUUAUCCCCCUUCUCUUCUUUUCCCUACUCAAAAAUAAAUCAAGGCUGCAAUGCAGCUGGUGCUGUUCACAUUCUACCAUCAGGUGCUAUAAGUGUUUGGGAUUGAGCAUCAGACCAGAAAGCAAAUGCCUUUCCUUCAGCUCCAGAAUUCCUUGUCUCUGAGUGACUCUGUCUUGUGGGUAUGGAAGGUGGAGACUAUGAACAUGCCAUUGGUUUUGUUGGAAGUGGGCACAAGGAGGUGUAAGAUGGUGGUCUAACGAGCAGUUUGCUGAAGCAGAGAGCAGAUUUAAUAUAGUAACAUUAACAGUGUAUUUAAUUGACAUUUCUUUUUUGUAAUGUGACAAUAUGUGGUCAAAGAAGAAGGUGCAGGUUUAAGAAGUUAAUAUUUAUAAAAUGUGAAAGACACAGUUACUAGGAUAACCUUUGUGGGUGGGGCUUGGGAGGCAGGGUGGGGUGGGUUAAGGGGGUCCCAUUUUGUUUAUUUGGAUUUUUUUUUUUUUGGCUUGGCCAAAAACUCAGUCAUUUUUCUGUGUACCAGGUUUUGCCUAAAUCAUGUGCAGAUGGUUCUUUAAAAAAAAAAAGAAAAAGAAAAUGUGUGCAUUUGUAUAAUGGCCAGAACUUUGUUGUGUGACAGUAUUAGCACUGCCUCAGUUAAAGGUUUAAUUUUUGUUUAAACCUAGAAGUGCGACAACAGUUUUACCACAGUCUGCACUUGCAGAGGAAAAGAAAUUUUUCAACCACGUUUGUUUUUUUGCCUACCUCAUUAUUUGUAAUGCAUUAAGAGGUGGUUUAGUUUCUAUGUUUUUUGGAGGAAAACAUUAAUGUUUAAUUUAAUCUUAAUACCAAAACUAUCAGAUUGAAGUUUUGACUGUUAAUUUUGUCACAGGUUUCAGUAGGCACAAGAGAAAUUGUCCCUGAAGAUGGGAAAUAGCCAUAUGGCUUCAUCGUGCUGACAGAUGCAAUCUGUUUUCUAAGUUCAGAGAGCAGAAUGCUUUGUUUUCACCAGAUGCACCAUUAGUGGUUGAUGGGCAACUAUGGCCUACAACAUAAGAGGCCUCAUUGUUCUCAAUUCGGGGUUUGGUAGCAGACGGAUGGUCAUGUUAGAAUAGUCACACAAACUGUUCAGUGUUGCAGGAACCUUUUCUUGGGGUGGGGGAGGGGUGGUGUUUCCCUUUUCUAAAAAUGCAAUGCACUAAAACUAUUUUAAGAAUGUAGUUAAUACUGCUUAUUCAUAAGAUGGCAUCUUCCUGUGUUUUAGUUGUAAUAUCAAAGCCCUGGCUUUUCUCCUCUCACUUGCUCUCUUGUUCUCUCUCUGUUUUUUAAACCAGUUUUACUUUAUGAAUAUGUUCAUGACAUUUGUAAUAAAUGUCUUGGGUAAUAA